UAAAAAUAAUAAUAAUAAUCUUCUGGCUGGUUUUGAAAGAACCGCCUCCCAACCUCGUCCCUCUGGUAGUCUCCUCUUUGACUUUCUAAAGAGUUUAUUUCCUUUCCGGAUCGUUUUUGGUAUUCACAUCCAUAAUCCUUUUAGCUUCUUUGCUAUUGGAAUUGCUGUGCGCCUCCUAGGGCACCGGAUUACUUGAGCGCGUUUCCUUAUCAAUCCGACGUCGGGAUCACACACUCGAACAAUUUCCGAGGAAUACUCUAAUCAGAUGCCGGAGGACGAUUUGAUUGACAUCAAGUUCAGGCUGUACGAUGGUUCUGAUGUUGGACCCUUUCGAUACUCCUCCGCCUCGACGGUUGAUGUGCUUAAGCAGAGAAUAGUGUCUGAUUGGCCCAAAGGCAAAACAGUCACUCCAAAGGCAGCCAGUGAAGUAAAACUGAUCAGUUCGGGCAAAAUUUUGGAAAAUAAUAAGACUGUUGGUCAGUGUAAAUUACCUUUUGGUGAGUUCACGGGAGGAGUUAUUAUAAUGCAUGUUGUUGUACAACCAUCCCUAGCAAAAGCCAAGACAGAGAAAAAGAUUGAUGAUACAUCACCCCAGAAGGUUGUCUGCUCCUGUUCCAUACUUUGAAACACAAUCCCUGCGAUUCAGCCUCAUUCUCGUGUAUAAAUGGAAUCGGAUAAAGAAUUGUUUCUUUAGGCUCUUGCUCUGGAUGCUGUAGAUGCAAUGGAAGACCUUCAUUUUUAUACAAUCAUUGCGUUCUUUCUACCAUUUCUCAAUUCGUCUGUUACCACCUUCACACUUAAGGGUGUGGGUUUGAAUGAUACAUAGAAGAAACCAAACCACAUUGUAAUAUAAAGAUAUAUCUACAAAAUUGGUCAGUAAAUGUGUCCA